AACUCCCAGAAUUCCCCAGCCAGCAAGUCCACCCAUCUUAAAGGGGGCCAAGUUGAAAAACACUGCCUUAGUGCGAUGUGUGGAUGUAGACUGAGCACGGGCUGAGCUGGAAGGGGGCACUGGCUGGGAAUUAUGGGACCUGAAGUCUUAAAUAUCUGGAGAGGGAAAGCGGGGCUCGAUGGCUGAAACAGGAGCCCAGAAGUUCCGCCGUCACGUGGCUGGAGCGUCACUCUCCACUUUCGUAACUCCAGGACCUCCGCGAGAUGGCUUUUACCGCAGAGGCGCAAGAUAUAGAGCGGCGCUCCCUGCCCGCGAGAGUCCGCCUGUCGCCGCGCCAGCUCCGAGCGCGAGCGCGAUUCUCAGGCAUCCGGCGCGCGGGUGUUCCUCACGGGGAGGCGCCGUGCCCGCGUGGGCGCGAAGAGAAGAGCCGCGGGGACGCGCGCGCCCUUUGGGCGGCCUUCCCCAAGAUGGCCGCCGCCCACUUCCGGAGGCGGCCGGAAGGAGGCCAGACCGGUUUCUCCUCGCUUUUCUUUAUGGUCUGUGAGAGCCCGGAAGGCUGGGCGCUCUAGGAGCGCGGCCCUUUUCCGUGGCCAGGCGGCCGCUUCCUGGCCGGCGCUUCCGGCUGCAGGUGGGCUGGCCAGGCCGUCCAGCCUCAGACAUGGCUUUGCUGUCCGCCGUCCACCUGGGGCUUCCCCCUCCUGGCCGCCCGCAUCGUCUGGCCCUUGUCUCCGGCCCCUACCGGUACUACCACUAUGGCUGCGACGGUGUGGACGACCGUGGGUGGGGCUGCGGCUACCGUACCCUCCAGAUGAUGUGCUCCUGGCUGGUGGCAGCCGGUGGAGGAGAAGCUGCUCACUGCCCGGUCCCGUCCCUGAGGGAGAUCCAGGAUUCCCUGGUGAAGAUGGGGGACAAGCCUCCUUCGUUCGCAGGCUCACAGGACUGGAUCGGCACUGUGGAAGCAGCUCUCUGUAUGGAUUCCUUCUACGCUGUGCCGGGCAAACUGGUCCACAUCCGCAACGGCCGAGAUCUGGAACAGGAGCUGGAGACGUUGUAUGCCCACUUUCAGGGAGGUGGGGGGCCCGUGAUGAUGGGAGGAGGCUGGGACCAUGCCUCCAAGGGGUUGUUGGGGGUCUGUUCUGGCCCCGAGGGACACCACCUGCUUGUUCUGGAUCCGCACCACUACGGCAGAGCAAGCUCGCUCAGCCAGCAGGAAGCUCAGGCGAAGGGGUGGGUUUCCUGGCGGGGGCUUGGCUCCUUUGAAGAGACCUCAUUCUACAAUCUCUGUUUGCCCCAGUUCAGGGCCAAAGGGCCCCCUUUGUGAAAGGGGCGUUUAUGGGAAGAGGCGCUGCUCCUGGCUGAAAGAGGAACGCGUACGAGCCGUUUGCUUCCAGCAGCGUGAGCCCCUCAGAAGGGACCAACAGUGGACGUGCAUCGCAUGUUUGGCACGUGCUGUGUUGCGGGAGAGAGCAUAGACAUGGGAAGCAACUUUAUGCGCUUCGGUCCAGUCCUGGUCGACAGCUGCUGCAGCAGGCCAGGAUGGGGCUGAGGGGGUCCCUGCCCCAGGGAGCCCUCAGUGUUGGUUCUGGCAGGACCCUGGUGGCUUCCCUGCCUGCUCCCUGCAGCUUCAGGAAAGCUGGAGGGAGGCAGCAAAGCUCCAGAGGCACCUGGCUGGCUUCCGGUUGCCCAGGAUGGAGGGGGCUGGUUGACUAGGAGAACUUGAACCCCAUCUUCCUGGUCUUUAGCCAGCAUUCCCCCUCUGCCCAACGCACUCAGCCAGCUCAGUUAAAGACCUGGGGGCUCCCUUUGCUCAGUAGGCUAAGCUGGGUUUACUUUAACCCGGCUGGGGUUUGAGGAGGGUUAGCGCUGCGUGGACCUGGCUGGCUUAGUUGCUUGGUGGUUCAGUCGAUCCUGGCAAGGUGAGCUCCGCUUCCAGGGAGGCUUCCAGCGUGGAGGUAGCCUGCGAGUUCUCCCUGCUUGCCUCCCCCAGGGCCGCCCUGAGAAAACCGCUGGGACUGAAGUGGCUCCGGCAGGAGAGGAAGGGUGGGGAGGGUCUGCAGCAAAAGAUAGCCAAGGGUGCUUUAGCAAUGUAGGAUUCCUGUCAUUAGCAAUACUUCCAAGAAGUGAUUGUAUCUGAGGAAGGAGCUCCCGCUCCUGUAACGAAGGCUGGAAAAGAACAUGCUGUGGUUGAUCUGGUGUCGUAAUUGUGUGACCUGUUGUGACGUAGUUGUCAUAGUAUUCAACUUGGGCCACACCAUACAUCAAGGACAAAGGAGGACAGAUGCUGCUAACGGCUGGGAAAAUGCUAUUUCACAACCUCUACAAGGGAUGAGUUAUUUUCUGUAGAAAUAAGGCACGUCAUCUGGCAAAGCGGUUGGGUUUGGGAGGAGGGGACUUCCGUCCGGUGUCCUGUGGGGUGGUGGGGAGACACGCAAGGGGGCCUGGAAUUAAUUGGGGAAGAUAACAAGAAAUGGGGGGGCAGGUGAGGAUUGCGGUUCCUCCCUCUUCAGCCGGCCAGACCCACAGUGGAAAUCCACGGGACAGCCUCUCUCCCUCUGAGUAUUUCUGUCUCUGUCUCUAAUGUGUGCAUCUAAUAAGCCAUUAGGGAGUAUGUCUCACACGAUGUGGCCGUCUACCAAACUCUGCCAGCCAGUGUUUAAAGGGUAAAUUCUCCUUGGAACUCAACUCCAGAUGACUUUGUGGAACUCUGAUUAGUUUUCCUGGUGAGUGAUACAUGAGUGAUUAUUUUCUGGGAUUUUUUUUUCAACUUCCUGAGGGCGGAGCAAAUGGCCACCGAGUGACAGCUGUUUUAGCGAGCUCCUAAUCCUCCUAUUUUAGUUACUUUUUACAUAUAGUUUUAAGACAGUUCAUUUUAUCUAGUAUUAAUUAGUGAUCUUAGUAAUUUUAAUUUCUUUUAUUAGGAGUAGUAAUUUUAGGAAUUCAGAUUUAGGAUUAGAUAGGAUUAGGAUUUUAGAUCUUGGACUCGGGACCCACUAGCUUCGGACACCUGCCGUUGAAGCGAGAGUACCAUCUACAACCCUGAAUACCACCCAAGGAUGCAAGAUCAGAAAGCAAAAACAAAAAACUUGAAAAGAAAGUUCAAAAGGAGACAUAAACUGGACACACAGUCAAGAAGAAAUCCUAAACAAGAUAAGAUUGCAAGGACUUUUAGGCAACCAAAGAUAAAGGAUUUAUUCCAGCCAAUGGAUACUGUAAGUCUCCUUCCCUUUUUUCUUCUCCCCUUGUAACCUCCGCUAAUAAUUCUUAUUCCUCAAUAGACUGGGAUAUGGACGAUUGCCUUUCCACUGAAAAUGAGGAUUUAACAGGAGAUGGGGGGAGGAUAUGGAUAACAUCAAGAGCCACAUUAAGGAGACCUGGAUUUGGUUGCCAUGAACUGUCUUUGAACAGCACAAACAGUCCUUGCUAUAUUUGAUUAGCUCUUGGAAGCUAAUAAAAAGAUGAAUUAAAGACUCUAAUGGGAAAUUAUAUCUCCAAAUUAGAUAAGAAAGUAAACAGUAACGCCCAUGCUCCAAAUCUUACCCCUAAUUCACGGACAGCACAGGUGGCAAGGGGGCUCUUGGACAGAGAAGAUAUGGAGGAGAGGCUGGUUUUGCAGAGACAUAGGAUUCUACUCCAAGUUGCGGAUACAACACACACACACACACAAUAGGGGUGGGUGUCAUAACAGACGAGUAAUACUGAAUUCUCUCUCUCAACUCUUACAGUGUAAGGUAUAUUCUAACAAACAACAGGGAUCUCUUGGCUCCCUAGUAGG